AUGUUCCACCUCGAUGGGACUCUGUCAGCCGUCACUUAUGCGCUCCUGUUGGGAAUAACUUGUCUGACCGUCGUCUGUGAUUUCUCUAAAGGCAACUCCGACUUCUCAGGUUACUUGUCCAAAGUGUUGAAGAACUACACAGAGCAGGCCUGUGACGGAGAACUCCUGUCCGUUCGCUGCCCGCCACGCACCACAAUCACAGUCCAAUCAGCUUUUUACGGAAGGAAAGGCGCCUCCGACAUCUAUCAGUGCCCUCAGAGCUACCAGGCUCUCCUCGGUUAUUAUGACGCUCUGGGGGAUGAGUACUGUUCUGUCUCCACUGCACUACAGAAAAUGCUGGACGAAUGCCAAGACAGAAGGAGCUGUCAAGUGCUUGUCAACAGCCGCGUGUUUGGGAUUGACCAGUGUCCCGGCAGCAGCAAAUACCUCACAGUGUUGUACAAGUGCAGACCUAAUGAAUAUAAGAGCAAAGUGGUGUGUGAAGAGGACAGGAUGAGGCUGAGCUGCAAACGAGGAAUGCAGAUCGCGGUCUACUCUGCCAUGUAUGGUCGCACCCAACAGGGCACCCUAGAAUGUCCUCUGCAUCACAGGAGAGCUCCAUCAGUGGAUUGCCAGUCAUCCAUUGCCCUUCAGCUUGUGACCUCUCGCUGCCAGGCCAAGAAAAGCUGCGUAGUUCGAGCCUCCUCCAGGGAGUUCGGGGAUCCCUGCUACUCUGGCACCAGAAAGUACCUCAGUGUCAUCUACACUUGUGUCCCAAAGAAGUUGCUCCAAGAUCAAAGCUCCAUACCACCAGCCUACUCCCCACCACCCAGCGCCCAUGACCCCAACAUAGUGGGAGACAGCCCUCCUGAGGGGACCUCGGUUAAACGCCCAAACACUGUUUCAGACCGGAAGCGCAUCAGGGAGACCAGCUCCAACCAGGAGAAAUAUCCAGAGGUCGGAAGAGGGGGAGGCGAGACUCCGAGGCCCCCGGAGAUGAAUCCCAUUAUCAACUCCAAUGCCAGCAUGUCCCUCAUUAGCAAUGCACUGGCAGCCUACACAUAUGUUUCAAACCACCCAGAGAGGGCGGCGCUCUUCUUUGUCUGUGGCGUCUGUCUGGGCCUCUUCCUCACCCUCUUCGCACUGGUGGUCCAGAUCUCCUGUCGCACCGACUGUCAACCCCGACGGCAGCCCACCGCCAAGAAACGCGCGCGCCCCGCCGAUUCGUCGUCGGACUCCAGCGACUCCGACUCAGACUGGGACGCCAACUCUGACCUUUCGGCACGACGGCACCGGAGGUUCGAGCGCACACUCAACAUGAAUGUGUUCACGUCGGCGGAGGAGUUAGAGCGAGCGCAGAGGCUUGAGGAGCGGGAACGGAUCAUUAGAGAGAUCUGGAUGAACGGGCAGCCCGACGUCCCUGGAACAAGAAGUCUCAAUCGGUAUUACUGA